CUGCGCCUUCAACGACUGGUGACUGGAACUUGGUCGAAGUCAGCUGAGCUCGGUUCUCUGCUUCGGAACUGAGGUCUUUCUGAAGCCCGGCCGGCGCGCGCCAGAUGGCGCCGCGACCCUCCUUCGACGCGUUCGUGAGUGAAUAUGACGCCGUCGGGAAAGUUGAACGGCCGAAGCUGUGCUCGAGGAUGGUAUAUGUUGACGUUGGCAUUGGCAUUGGCACCGAACACCUAUAUAGACAACACCUCAAUACAUCCAACGGCGGCAUGGACGGCACGACGGGCUCCCGACUAUCACUGCCUAGGACUUGGUCUGGUCGCCGUUGUCCGCGAAGAAUCAGGGAACUACUUCCAAUGCUGGAUGGUGUUCAGGACCCAGCCGCUCUGCCGGAUCUUCCUUCCCUUCCCCGAACCUUUUCUGAGUCAUCCUUCCUGCUGACAACACAUCUUGUACCCGCCGCUCUCCCUAGGUCAAGCCCAGACGCGGCUCUACCGGAUGCACCUCUGCCGUCUGCAGACAAAGACAAGCGGGAUGCAACUGCCAUAGAGGCUGCUAAUCUGGUCAUCUCGAUGCGACAGAGGCAAUGGAACGGAGAACUCCCGGAGUCAAACAGCAUCAAACCGCCUUGGGUUUGUCUCAAUCGCUAUGUGAGGCGAGAAAUCAUAGGGAACGAUGCGCGUAAGGGUGUGACGCUCUUACUUCUCCCCGCCAACGGGUUUCCCAAGGAGAGUUGGGAGCCCAUGAUAUCUCAUCUCGUGGAAGCGCAGCGACAAUCCGAUUUUCAGCCUCUCGUGGACGAAGUAUGGGCCUGGGAGGCCGUCAACCACGGUGACGCCUUCCUAGUCAACAAGCAAGAUCUGGGCAGCAUAUUUGAUUGCCGGGACAAUGCACGCGACAUACUACAAUUCAUGCUACACUAUAUGCCUGAGCACUCCUCCACUUCCGUUCUCCCUACUCAUCUCGCCCGACUUCCAGAUGCUACUGCACGUCAACGGCGACUUCACGGCCUCCGGAAGCGGAUGGUUGUUGGUGUAGGCCAUUCUCUUGGCGGUUGUUCGAUCGCUCGGGCUGCGAUUGAUGUUCCUGCGCUGUUUUCUUCCCUCAUCCUCGUCGAGCCUGCUAUCGUACCUCAUCCAUGCUCCGGGCCUGUCGUUGACGAACGUGCCUUUCCCUAUAUUGUGAACGCAUUGAAGCGCGAGAGCAUAUGGCCAUCUCGCGAAAACGCCCGUAACGUCAUUCGCGCAUCGACCUUCUUCCAGACGUGGGACCCGGAAGUCUUCGACAACUACGUGGAAUACGCUUUGUAUGAAGACCGAGACGGUGCCAUCAAGUUGAAGACACCCCCUGUUCAGGAAGCAUUGGGUUUCUCGGACGUCUUGACCAUGUGCGAGACAUGGGAUCUUCUCGAUGAACUGGACGAGCGGGUCGAGCUUCGCUUUAUUGUCCCGGGUAAGCAGAGGCAGAGGUCAGUACACCAGUGGUCAAAAAGCAGAACUUUAGUACACGUGCUCAAUGUGAUCUGCAGGGAAGACGGUAUCCGCGAGAUGACCGUGUGGAGACGACCGAUGAAUUCCUCCAAUAUCAUCUUUCCUAGUGCGGGACACCUGAUUGUGCAGGAGACACCAAGAGAGCUGGGCCAGGAGAUACAAAGCUUCUUGCAGCGUAAGUACGGGUCAUCGGGGUCGAGGCUCUGAGGCGCGGGACGCUAUAUUCUAGUACUACCAACACCAAUUGUUGGACGCGUCGACUCUUGGUUCUGAAGAUGGCCCAUCUAAAUGUUGUUUCAGGGGCAUGAUUAUAUGUCGGAGUCCUUGUUCGUACCCUGACCAACCAGCUAGAUUUGAUUGAUGCUAUG